AUGGCAGUGGAUGCUGAUGACGAGGACGAGGGGACUAAAACGGGGGCCGCUCUGUUGCACAACGAAGCUUCUGGAAAUGCCUACGACAUCCGGCUGAAGCUGACUAAAGAGGUACUGACAAUUCAAAAACCAGAUGUCGUCUGUGUUAGUGGCAGCAACCCCGGCGCAAACCACAGAACCGUCACGCUUCGCAGACAGCCCGCCGGCGGCUUGGGCCUGAGCAUAAAGGGAGGUGCGGAGCACAGAGUCCCCGUCGUCAUCUCGAAGAUCUUCAAAGGCCACGCAGCUGACCAGACAGGGAUGUUGUUCGUGGGCGACGCCGUCCUGCAGGUCAGUAAAAUCAAUACAGAAAAUCAAUAAAAUUAAAAGCUGGUACAUCUUUUGAGAAACGCUGGUGAUGAAGUGACCGUCACUGUCCAGUACCUCCAGGAAGCACCAUCGUUUCUGAAGCUUCCGCGAGGGUCCCCCGGGCCGCCCAGUGACCACGGCAGCGGGACGUCCUCGCCCCUCUUUGACAGUGGCCUGCACCUGAGCGGGGACCCCAGCCACACGGCUCCAUCAUCGCCGUCCUCGCUCGCGGCUAAUGAACCGAAGUAUGAGAAGCGCUGGCUGGACGCCUUGUCCGUUCCUCUGUCUAUGGCUCGAAUCUCAAGGUACAAAGCUGGAACGCGAAGACUAAGGUCCGACGCCUUCGAGGUGCUGGCCCUGGACGGCGUCCGCUCGGGGCUCCUUCGGUUCCGCUCCGCCCGAGAGAGCUGGGACUGGCUGUGCGCGGUGUCGGCAAACGUCAGGCAGCUGACGCUCCGGGACAUGAAAAUGGCAAAUAAAUGCUGUUCCCCCUGUGACCAGGUCGUGCACAUGGGCUGGGUCAGCGAGAGGCUGGAAGAGGCCGGCCGCCGUCCACCCGUCUCACCCAAGUUCCUGGCCGUGAAGGGUCCCUCGCUCUACGUGUUCCGCACCCCCCCGGUGAGCACGUGGGACUGGGUCCGAGCAGAAACAACCUAUGACCUCUGUGAGGUGCUGUUUAAAGUUGACAAGCUCCAGCUCGCUGGUGACUGCUGGUCGCAGGUGGACCUGGGCCUGGGUGUCCAGGACCUCGAUGCCGAGGACGUGGGGCCUCACCGCUUCAGCAUCACGGUCGGCCACGGCAGAAGCCGCUCCUUCGCCGUGGAGCUGGGUGGCGAGCUGGCCGAGUGGGAGGCAGCUUUCCAGAGAGCCACCUUCGCCGAAGUCCGGAGAUCGGGGUCCAAAACAUACGUGUGCAGCUGGCGAGGAGAGACGCUGUGCUUCAUCGUGGACUUCGCUUUGGGAUUCACCUGUGUCGACAGCAAGACGAAGAACGUCCUCUGGAGGUUCAAGUUCUCGCAGCUUAAGGGGUCUUCGGAUGACGGGAAAGCUCGUGUCAAGCUGCUGUUUCAGGAUCUCGAGACCAAGCAGAUUGAGAUGAAGGAACUGGAGUUUGAGGACGUGACAGCUGUCCUGCACUGUGUCCACUCCUUCUUGGCGGCCAAGGUGGCCUCGGUGGACCCCGCUUUCAUAGGCAGUCAGAGCAUCGCCAGGAAAUACACAUGCAGCAGCUAA